AUGCCCGCGGAGCUAGAGUCGGCAACGACCGUCGACUCUGCUGGCAACACGGUGACGGCUGCCAGUGCGACGGCGAUGAGCGGUGGAAAGCUCGAGACGCUCUGCGUGGCAAUCGUGGACCCGAUCUCCACCGGCGCCUGCCUCGCCAAGCAUCUCAGCUCGCAGGGCUACAGGCUGUGCCGGGUCUUCUCCGACACGAUUCCCGACAGCGUCAAGGCGCUCGUCGCCGCCGGACUUGAGGUGGACUGGGAGGUUACCAUCCAGCACGAGGGCCGUGUGGCGAGCACACUGGCGGCCCUCAGGGGCGUGGGCGUCACGCACCUCUUGGUUGGCUCCGAGCCGGGCGUCUCGCUGCAUGCCGAGCUCUCGGCGGCCUUUGCUGGCGGCGCGGCGCUUUCGCUGCCUCGGGAGGCGCUCGAGCUGCGGCGCAACAAGUACCUGCAGAGCGAGGCGAUCCGGUCCGCGGGCUGCGACGCGGCGGUCGUCAAGCCGGUGGAGGGGGCCGGCUCGGACGGGGUGACAAUCUGCAACUCGGCGGCGGAGGUGCGGCUGGCGUUUGGCAAGCUCGAGGGGACCAAGAACAUCCUCGGCCUCGACAACUACGCCGUCCUCUGCCAAGAGUACCUCGAGGGCGACGAGUGGGUCGUCGACACGGUCAGCCGCGCCGGCGAGCACAAGGUGGUCGCGCUCUGGAAGUACGACAAGCGCGACUACCACGGCUCUCCCGUCGUCUACCACGGGAUGCGGCUGCACAACGUCGAGGCGGACGAGCCGCUGCUGCGCGGCAUGGUCGCAUACGUGACGGCGGUGCUAGACGCGCUCGGCAUCACCGACGGCGCGAUGCACUCCGAGAUCAUGGCGACGGCGCGCGGACCCGUCCUCGUCGAGGUAAACUGCCGGCUGCACGGCGGCGAGGGGAUCUGGCUGCCGAUAGCAGAGGCCUGCCUCGGCUACACGCAAGUCUCGGCGCUGUGCGACUCCGCCUUUGCGCCGCCCGCCUUCGCGUCGCUCCCCGCCACGCCACGCUCGCCGCUGCUCAAGCACGGCGCGUGGGUGACGAUCCGCUCGCCGGCCGACGGCACCAUCACGGCGGUGCACCACGAGAAGCUGGCGCGGAUCCGCGCGCUCCCCUCCUUCCUCGGGGAGUACUGCGCGCCGUGCAUCAAGGUUGGCUGCCGCAUCCGUCAGACGGUCGACGCGACGACGGUGCACGCCGACGCCGCUACCCUCGAGGCAGACUACCGCGUGGCGCAGCAGCUGAUCGACGAGGGCCUCUUCGCCUUCACGCCGGCGGCGGCGGGCGAGAAGGACGUCGUCCGCGUCGAGACGCCGAAGGGGCCGCGCUUCUCGUACCAGCUGAGCGAGCAGGAGCAGGUCCAAAACUCGCUCUGGGGGCUGCAGCACAUCUGGAGGCCCCUCGAGGAGAACAGCGGCGCGGUGCCCCUCCGCAAGCUGCGCGCCGUCCGCCGCUCCGGCUGGCGCUUCUGAGGCGGCCGCGCCGAUUGCCCAAGCUGGGCGUGCGCCCCUGAUUUGUGUAGUUGAUGGGCCAUGUCGCUCGAAGAAAAGAAACGCAUUGACCGGGGCCCGUGUUGU